UUACGUGACAUUAGAGAAAAUCGAUUCAUUGUGUUAGUCCGACUGUAAUCGUACGAAAUCGAAUUCCUCAAAGUCGAACUAACACACCCAGAUAAUGUGAUUAGGAGUUAAAUUAUCUGCGCAUGCACCAAAGUUUCUGUCCUCAGCCUUGACCUCAAAGUCGAACAGCAUUAAAUGCAUAACAGAAGAAGAAUCAGAAAACAACAUUUUGAAAUCUACAUCCAGAACCGCGACUUUUGGGACGGACAAAGAGAUCCAGUUCAUGCUGUGUCAGCUUAAAGGGUGUACAGCACGUAUGAAAUGUACAGAGCUUUAUAGUUGUCCACCAGUUUGCCGCUAGCUAACUAGUUUGUCAGUUUGGUCUGUGAUGCAAUAGGUCAAGCGGCAAAAGGUCCAUAUCGCCACCUAUCGUAGCGUAGUCAGAUUCGGAUACUUCGGCCAAUAAAUCGAUUCCCCUCCCGUGCUUGUAUACUGGGCUACUAUAGAGACAUGGUGGUGCAACAUAGCAGACUCCAUGGAUGAGGACCCUCUCCCCAUGUAGAUAAAACAGCUCAUUCAAAGGUGAUCCUGUGCAGCAUGUGUACUGCACGGGGAAAUGUGAGAAGAGAAGGCGAAGAAGACUCACUCUGGGGAGAAGAAACCUGAAGACAGGAGGAGACGCACGGUGUAACAACACAAGAUGGAUCAUCAUGCAGAUGUGCUUCUGAUCAGCCAUUCAUCGGUUAUUCUUUGAAACACACAGUUAAACUUAGCAAUGGCAGCACACACAGUGCUUCUUUUUCUUUUAGUCUGGAACGGGGGAAGCAUUUCAGCGGCUGUUGGCUUAUCAGAGGAAGAUCAGGAUUUGCAGGUGAUAUCAAGCAAAAGACAACAAGUUUUACCUCAGCCAGAGUCCAUUGAUAACUUAACUGUGAGUUUCAAAGAAUUGGGAAGCCAGCGUCAGACUGAAGAGGAUGAUGUAAGAACGCUGCCAAAUGUGGCUCUUAGACUAAAUGGCAGAAAACCUAAUGAUUUGGACUUUAAGGAUAAUAUAGCAAGGCAAACAGCUGUACUUAAACAUUCCAAUUCUGCUGCCAAAUCCCUAUUACCCAAACAUAUCCCUGAACUCACUCUGAACCACGAGAAAAGAAGCAAUUUGACUAAUGGAGAAGCUGAAGGUGUAAUUAAUGUUCUCAGUCAAGUGCCGAGUUCAGACGAAGAGCACGCUCUCCAGCCUGAACUCCAUUUAGAGACAGGUGUCGGUGACGUUCUGCCCCAGAGAACACGGGGCCACUCUAAAUGGGUCACGGAGACUGAAGACGGGCGGUCCGAGCCUCGCUCUCGCCGCCGGAGGAGCUGGCUGUGGAACCAGUUCUUUGUGAUCGAGGAGUACAGAGGGCCUGAGCCUGUGCUCAUUGGGCGGCUGCACACAGAUAUGGACAAAGGAGACGGACGCACUAAGUAUAUGUUGGAGGGGGAGGGGGUGGGCUCUGUGUUCGUUAUUGACGGCAACACAGGAAACAUACAUGUCACCAAGUCUUUAGACCGCGAGGAGAAAGACCAGUACCGCCUCAUCGCAACAGCUACAGAUCGUCAGACCGGCCGAGCCCUGGAGCCCUCGUCUGAGUUCAUCAUCAGAGUUCAGGACAUCAAUGACAACCCGCCUGUUUUCCUUGAUGAACCCUAUGUUGCCAUGGUGCCAGAGAUGGCCAACAUAGGCACGUCCAUAAUCACAGUCACAGCCAGAGAUGCCGAUGAUCCAACAUAUGGAAACAGCGCCCGGCUGGUGUAUGCCAUCACUCAGGGCCAGGACUAUUUCUCUGUGGAUCCUCAGACAGGCGUCCUGCGGACAGCUGUACCUGACAUGGACAGAGAGACACGGGAUGAAUAUCUGGUCGUCCUCCAGGCCAAAGACAUGGGCGGGCAUCUGGGCGGAUUAUCAGGGACUACCACCAUCACUGUGAAGCUGAGCGAUGUCAACGACAACCCCCCUCACUUCAGAAGGAGUGCGUGGUCAUUCUCUGUGUCGGAGCUGGCGGCGCCAGGUGUGGAGGUGGGCCGCCUCACUGCCACUGAUCCAGACCUGGGAGAAAAUGCACAGCUGGAGUUUACAAUCCUGGACGCAGAGGAGGCCGAGGUAUUCAAUAUAACCGGAAGAGACCAGGAGGCUGUGAUUGUUCUAAACAAGCUGCUGGAUUAUGAAACCCGUAACUCCUACACUUUCUCUGUGGAAGUUGCCAACCCUAUAGUGGAUGCACGGUACCUAAGGAAAGGUCCCUUUAAGGACCAGGCAACAGUCCGGGUCAUGGUGCUUAAUGCUGAUGAGCCGCCGCGAUUCUCUCAGGCUCGGUACCAUCUGGAUGUGUCUGAGAACUGCCCCCCUGUCUGCUCUGUUGGCCGGGUGCACGCUGUGGACCCAGACACAGGACAAAGCGCCAACAUCAGGUACUCCAUCGAUCCCCAGUCAGACCCCGAGGCUCUGUUCCGCAUCGCCUCUGACACGGGCUUUAUCAACACAGUGAUGGAGUUGGACCGCGAGCAGGAGCAGUGGCAUAAUAUCACUGUCAUCGCCACACAGAGGGACAAUCCAAAUCUUGUGUCAAGGGUUGUGGUUGCUAUAGAGACACUGGAUCAGAAUGACAAUGCGCCGGAGUUGGACAGACAGUAUACAACGUCUGUAUGUGACUCCAGUGCCCCGGGUCAGGUAGUUCAGGUCCUGCGAGCCAUCGACAGGGACCAAGGAGUGCAGGACACCCCAGUCCACUUCAGCAUCCCUCCAGAGUCCAGCUCUGCCCUCAACCUAACCAUCAGGGAAAGCGGAGGUGUGACAGCCAGCCUGGUGCUCCAGUCAGCCUUGGAGCCCCUCCCUGGCUUCUCCUCAUCCUCACUCACCCUCUAUGUGCCGGUGGUGCUGCGCGACGGUGCCUCAGGUCUGACCAACACUGGCACGGUCACUGUGACCAUUUGUCCUUGUCUGCGAGGGGGCAUGCAGACAGAGGAUAGAGGGAGACAGAGGGACAGGAGAUGGGAGAGACACAUGGUUUGUCUCCCCGUGCCUUCUGCCUCCCCGUCUCUCAUAUUCAGUUUGGUCACCUUGCUCGCCAUGCUGGCUUGUGUCACCACUCUGCUGGUGGUGUGUGCACUCUCGCUGUCAUUGCGCCAUCAGAAGCGAGACUCCCACUCACCCUUCGAGGAGGAUGAUGUCAGGGAGAACAUCAUAUCCUAUGAUGACGAGGGGGGAGGGGAAGCAGACACCGCAGCUUUUGACAUUACAGCGCUGCAGAGCAUGCACAGAAUACAGCACAUGCACAACAACAGGAACAUAUGGUACACCCAGCAGAAUGCGCCGAGGGCCAGGACGUACAGCUGGAGUCGUAACCCACGCCCCGGCCUGGACCCACAGCAGAGGCCGGGCUCGGCGCCACUCUACGGACGCUUCUGUUACGGCAUUCACACGCUGCCUGUUCUCAGAGAUUAUCCAGUCGGGCCACUGGAGGCAGGACUGCAGCUAACACAGCUGACCCAUGGGCUCACUGGAGGUCACAUUGGCAAUUCCCUUGUCAUCCAGAACCAGAGCACCUUUGAGCCUCCGCUGCGCUCUCCUGAGAUGAGCCCUGCUAGUUACGAAGCAGAGCACACGCUGGCGAAGAGCAGAAUCACAGAGAGAAAUGAGGGCAGUGAAGCAAAUGCUGCUGACACAAAAGAGAAGCAGGAUCAGGCAAAGAUAAACCCACCAGAAGCAGAGUCGACACCAACAGCCACCAACGCUGCCAAUCCGACCCACUGUGACCCAAAUGAGUCUUCAUGCCAAAGUCACACCAGCUCCUCGUCAAACCAGCAAGAGGGGCGACCGGGGUCAUCGCAGACUCAGAUCAGCACUGCAGCCACCAGCUGCACGUUAGAUGACAUUGACACUGAUUCCUCCAUCCCUUCCGUUUCAGAGCGAAAUUAUUCAAAUGGCAGUGAGAUCGGCUCUGUGAACCCUCCUGUUUACCUGAAAGGAGACACGUACAGCAUUGUUGGCUCCCUGAAUCCAAACAGCAGAGGGACGUGUAUGAACGGGACUAGCGGCAGAGGGUUGUACCCAGCGGGAGUGCAGCUACUGAACAUGUGCAGACUCCAGAGUAAGGAUUUGACCCCGCAGCCUUUGUCCUUACCUGGGGGGAUGUUUGGCAACAACAGAGGCUGGGCAUGCGGGGCGGAGCCUGCCAGAGCAGAGGCCACCAACCCGCAGCCCCUCCGUAUGGAAGACCUCCUGAAUAUCCGUCUGGACCAGGUCACCUUUGACCUGUCCCAGCCGCCCUAUGACUCACUGCAGACUUAUGAGUUUGAGGGCCGUGACUCAAGGGCUGAGUCACUGAGUUCACUGGAGAGCGACGGGGAGAAGGACGAUGGGAGAGUGGUCGGAGGGAUGGAGGAGUUAAACCAGAAGUUUCAGAGGCUGGUGGAGAUCAUCAGAGAGAGGGAGAAGGAGAAGGAGGGAGGAGGAGGGGAGACACGAGCGGCUGAGGGAGGCGAGACUGCAGCGGCUGCUCACGAUGAGACUCAUAAACAAAAGGAGGACAAAGAGCAAGAACAGCAGAGAUGGGAUUUCUAGACUGCAAUAAAAGAAAAGUUAGAGAGAGGAGAACUCUUUCAGCAGUGAUGGAUUUUAAACACAGCAGGGGUGGCAAAAUACACAGCCUCUGACAGAGAUCUCCUUGUCCCACACACCCCUGCCAGGAGGAGAAUACAGCAGGCUGACAGUACAGUCGAGACUUGUGGUGGAAUCAGUGCACAGCGUAUAGUUUUCACCUCCACUAUGUUUAUAAAAUGCAUAUGGAAUCUGUCACUUUUCACACUUCUCUUGUAACAGAUAUUAAUAAUGCACUUGGGCUUUCAAAGCUAAAGUUAUGAAAAAUUAACAUUUUUGAAAUAUUGAUUCUGAGCCCUGAAAGCUGCAUUGUUAGAAAAUAGGCCUCAUUAAAUAUUGACCAGAAUUGUGAUGUUUAAUAUUGAUAGUUUAAUAGGGGCACACUCACUAGAAACCUUUGGAAUCUGAAUCCGAAUAAACCCUCACAGGCGUACAGUACAGUGCUGCAGGCCGACACUGCUGUGUGUUCACAGAGCCUCUCUGACGAGUCUGACUGUAUACGUUGAUAUUCUGUAGCUCCAUAGAGAGCGUCCGGCUCCAGCGAGUAGCAAAAUCUGCUCACUAUGCAAUCUGCACACAGUUAGAAAUGAUUAGAUUGUCACUGUCAAAGACUUGUGUACUGUUGUGAAAGUACAGUAAAUAACGUCCAUAUGUAGAUAAAUAUCAGCGUCUGCUUUACUGCUUAUUGCUCAUGAGUGGACGAUUGUUUCAGGAGGGGGGAUGUUUACCGCAAUCCACACAGGAAAUUAAGCAUCUGAUUUUCAGUUAUUAAACUGUUGCAGGCGUAAGCGUACAAUAGACAAUGCUCCCCAUAAUUUCACCCACGCAAGAUUAAUUAUAAUUCACUAUUGUGUUUGCGUUUGCUGGUCUAGAAUUAUCUCCAAAGGCUUAUUUAUCUCCCACCUUUUAAAGAGACAAAAUUAGGCGAAAGCCAUCAUGUGGCGCGGUACACACAGGCAUUGUUCCCGUGACGAGCCCAGAGCAACAGCAAAAUAAUCAUUUACUCCGAGAUUGUGUGAUGUUAUUCAGCAGCCUGUCACUCGACAAUGACUCAUUUCUAUAGCUAUUUUUCAAAGCUCAUUCCUUAUUCACAAGGUAUCUGGAUGAGUUAUUAAAAUAAUGACAUUAUUUUCAGUAAUAUGAUAAAAAUGUAUUUGACUUUCUGCAAUUAUUCCCGCGUCCUCUGCAGUGGGAAUUUAGGUCUUAAUCAGCCGCCGCUCUAAUACGAUUGCAAUGCUUUCAAACUAAAUUUGACAGAAAAUCUUUGGCAUCCUGACAAGAAGAAUGAGGUGUAAAAAAGACUGGACUCCUCAGGCAAGAGAGUGAAAUGCAGAGGAGAGGGAGUGGGAUAUUAUAUGAAGUGCCAAGUGAUAACUAGUCAUCAGCACGCUGCAUAUUGUCAGUACGCAGUGGGUAUCUUCUGGCAUAGCUGCUGCAGAAAUGUCACCGUACAGAUGAUCAAGAGCCAGACACGUCGUCACCCUGGAGAUCAGGAGCAGAUUUAAUUUAACAAUGAACUAAAUAUAGACUCACAAGUUAGAGUGUGAGACACUUUCUGUAUUACCACUUCAAAAAAAUAGUUAGACAAAAAUAAAAUAACGGCAAAUUAAAAUGUGUUUGAAAUUCAAAUGUGUAAAAGGCAUAUUGGCAUUCACACACACUUUAAAGAGAGCUGAGGAGAAGUGCUGUGAAGUGGUGGACGUCAGCGUCUGUCCAGGCAGCAGCCACCGACGGUACAAUGGUGCCACCUAAAGUUAAACAUGUGCACUGCGUCUUGUCCGUCGUCUGAGCACUGAGGUGUGAUAUAACGAUGAAGCAGCACAGAACAACAGGAAAAUUGAUUCAGUCUAGACAAAGACCAUAUUUCCUUUUGAUCCAUAAAAACAACAUACUGGCUUGAUUAACUUUGAUUUUUAAGAAAAGUUCAGGUGGGCAGAUGCUGCUGUGGGACACUGACACACUGUUUAUGGCUCAGAUCUAUUAUUAGAUUUCACACAGUGCUAA